AUGAACCCAAGAUCCGUCGCUGCGAUCCGGUACUUGGACGCACGUGAGCUCAAGGAAUGGAUUUGUCAGGGUGUAACGAGCCAGAACGAGUCCUUCCAGGUGAUUGACGCCCGCGGGAGCGAUUACAUAGGAGGCCAUAUUGCCAAAUGCUGGAACUACCCGUACCGAGACCUUCGGGACAACGAGACAGUGGUGAAAGAGCUGCGGGAACGGUUGAAAAAUCGGUACGAUGGGAUCAUCAAUUGCGUAUUUCAUUGUGCGCAAUCGCAGCAGCGUGGACCAGCCGCAGCGAUGUUGUUUCUACGGUCGUUGCCGGACCAUGAGCUUGCCUCGUUUCGCAUCUGGAUACUUCGUGGGGGGUUCAUACACUGGCAACAGGAGUACGGCGAGGACCCUGCGCUCACAGAGGCGUACAACCGGGAGCUUUGGAGUAUGUAG